AUGCAUCUUUCUACCCUCAUCCUCCUCAGCGCCUCUCUCGCUUCGGCACAAUACGGCCCAAGCCAAGAGGAACUAGAACACCUCAAAAACAUCAACAGCGCAAACAACGACCAGAACCAGAACCAGAACCAGAACCAGAACAACGGCCAGAACUACAACCCCGACUACAAUGGCAACUACGGCAAUCACGACGCCGACUACGACAACUACGACAACUAUGAAAACCUCGUCCCGAGCCCUCACACCCCACUCCAAGCCCAAGCGCCAUCCCCUACCCACAGUACAUUCGUGGUGCGCCCUUCUCAGGCAUUCGAUGCUCCGCAUCAAGCCCCGGCACCCGGGUACCAGUACAAUUACCCAACCCCGGCUGUCUCCAGACCACUUGCUACACGGCCAGUCCAGCAGGCUCCUGCUCCUGCUCCCCGGCACCAACCUCAGCACCCGGGAUCCAACCAAGACGAUUGGCCGCGGUCCCAUGAACCCCCCUUCGGCUCAGAGGGUGAGGACAAGUUCGCCGGUGCUUCGGGUGGUAUUGCACCGAUCAACCCGAUGAAACCUGGUUCGCAGGUUGCGCCGCCUCCGCUGUUCCCAGACUCGAAGUAUGGAAAGGAUGAGGGGAAUACUUUCUGUGCGGGGAAGUGUUUCGAGGAGGAGAGUGAGGCGAAGUGUGCGAAACCUUAUUCUUUGGCUGUCUAUAAGCCGGCUAAGGGGUGCUAUAUGUGUUGCUUCACUUCUGAUUUCUAG